AUUUAAGAGAAUGAAAAUGUAUGCCUCGCUGAAAGCGCCCGGGGAAACGUUACAUCAGACGAAACGACACCGAUUAAAAUCGGCUUUUUGGCUGCGAGUUGGUUGAACGGCGCGCCGCUCGCGUGAUGCUGCUGCCCGCUUCCCCCCUUCGCUUCCCGGCCACAAGAACUUCCAACCCCCGCUGAAGCGAGUCCCACUUUACGUUUUUUUUCACUCUCUUUUUUGGCGGAAAAAUAGAAAAAUACGAAGAAAAAAAAAACGCAAACACUAAUGAAUCAUCUGAAUCAUCAUCCGAGCAGGGGAGAAUAUCACGUUUUCAUCUUUUAAGAGGGAUAGAAAAAAUAAAAAAAUAAAUAAAUUAGCCUGGGAGAGAGUGGGGCUGAGCUAAUUGUAGCCUAAUCCUUUUGCCCCAGAGGCGUGUGGGCAGCCCGGAGCAAGAAUUCAGUUUUAGCUCCUGCUCUGUUAUUUAGACACGGCUUUAUUGGCUUUCUUUUUUCCCCGGCAGUUUCAUUUUUGGGGGCUUUUUUAUUAUUUUCUGUGGGGGCAAAGAUUCUGAAACGCGGAUCCAGGCAGCAGAACGCCAGAACAAUAAAGUAUUAAAGAAGAUAUAAAAAGCAGCCGGUUGGGGGAGAGCUCCGCGCCGUGUGAAAGGAAGGGAGGAGCAUGUCGCGCCUUUCUCUGAGCCGCUCGCCGGUCUCUCCUCUGGCCGCGCAGGGCAUCCCUCUGCCGGCGCAGCUCACCAAAGCCAACGCGCCCGUGCACAUCGACGUGGGCGGACACAUGUACACCAGCAGCCUGGCCACCCUCACCAAGUACCCGGACUCCAGGAUCAGUCGUCUCUUUAACGGCACAGAGCCCAUCGUGUUGGACAGUCUAAAGCAGCACUACUUCAUCGACAGGGAUGGAGAGAUUUUCCGCUACAUCCUCAGCUUCCUCAGGACCUGCAAGCUGCUGCUGCCUGACGACUUCAAGGACUUCCACCUGCUGUAUGAAGAGGCGCGGUAUUAUCAGCUGACUCCCAUGGUGAAGGAGCUGGAGCGAUGGAAGCAGGAGCGCGAGCAGCGGCGUCUGGCCCAGCCCUGCGACUGCCUGGUGGUGCGUGUGACCCCUGACCUGGGCGAGAGGAUCGCCCUGAGCGGAGAGAAAGUCCUGAUCGAGGAGAUCUUCCCCGAGACCGGAGACGUCAUGUGCAACUCGGUCAACGCCGGCUGGAACCAGGACCCGACACACGUGAUCCGAUUCCCUCUGAACGGCUACUGCAGACUCAACUCAGUACAGGUGCUGGAGCGUUUGUUCCAGAAGGGUUUCAGCGUGGCGGCAUCAUGUGGGGGCGGAGUCGACUCUUCCCAGUUCAGCGAGUACGUCCUGUGUCGCGAGGAUAGGCGGAGCCAGUCCAUGAACACGCCCAUCAGGAUAAAACAGGAGCCGCUGGACUAGAGGCCACACAGACUUCCCAUCCGAGACUUAACACAACCCAGUUACACACAAACACAUUCACACACACACAUAUACAUACAUUUACACUCACUGUGUGCUCACACAAACACACACACACACACACAUUUAAACACAUGUACAGACUCGGAUACAGACGCCUGUUAGCUUCGCCGGCUCUGAAGUGGAAUGUAAUGUAUACAAACACAACAAACGAAUAAAAAACAGCGAAUUCCUCACCUCACCGAACUCAAGAGAAACCCAAAGAACUACAGUGUGAACUACAGAGCGAACUACAGAAGGGGCUCAGCCAAUCCUGCCUGGUGACGAAACUAAAAAGAACAAUGACCGUGAGCCGCCCCUCUCUCUCAGUGCAGUGUGAACCGGUGUGUUCUCCUCGUCUCGUGUCGCCGUGUGAGGCAUGUGUGUGGUGUUUGUGCGCCGGUUGCUCAAGGCUGGACUCAGAAGAGAGCUGGACUUCCAACAACCAACACGAGAAACCAAGAAAACUCUGAGUGAAGCGAAGCAAAGCGCGGGGCGUUCGACUCAACAGACGACGGACUGACUCAGUGAACAGGGGGUCCGGCUUCUAUACAUCCGCCAAACCGAUUGUUUCACGUUAAAUACUGUUGUUUAUAAAAAUGCAGCGUUUCCUCCCAACAUGAUGUACACAAUCAUUAAUACUAGGAUUAUUUGUUCUCCUCUUAUUUUUGUUCAGUUUUUAUCGGUAUGUUUGUUUUAGCUUUCUUUUGUUAUAUGAAGGAUGAAUGUGAGUGGUGUUUUGAAGUCAUUAGGUUGGGGGGGUGGGAGUUUCCUGGCGCUGCUUUCGCUGAGAAACACUAUUAUGGCCCGAGGCAGGGCAGUUAACGCAGUGUGGACUGUAAUGCAUUCAGAGCCCAGAGAAGGCCUCUUUGUUUAAAGAGAGCUGCGAGCAAACACGAGUAUUCUGAAAAACCCUUCCUACAGAAACAGGUAACAGAGAGAAGUGUAUAUAAUUCGAUUCUCAUGACAAGUCUUUAGACAUAUCCUUCAGAAUUCCACAUAAGCUACAUGUCGGGAAGAGCAGUGUGGUCUGGAACAGCUUCUGUCGAGAUCAAAAGACGCUACAGACUCAAGAGUGAAUUUGAGCGUCCUUUUCGUUCGCCACCUCGUUCGUAACUGAGGCCAGAAGCGUGGCGGCUCGCCGGAAAAACGGGAGGUGAAGCUAAAACAUGUUGGGAAACAGCCAAGAUUGUGUCAAACGCUCCAUCGUACAUGCUUGACUACAUACUUUUGCACUUAAACAAAUAUGGAAGGCAAAGGCUCGGCCGUUUCGGUGCAGAUUUGCCUUGCCCUCCAGCUAUCGUGAGAACAAGCAGCUUUUCCAAUGCAAGCCCACCGUGCCAAAAGACUUCAGCGUGUACCGAGUUUAAGGAGCCCUGAUAGGAUGAGGUCAUUAGCCGUGAAUGCGUUUUCUUCAUGUUUUCGUAACAAAUUAAGUGCUGUUCUCAAAUUAAGAAGCAGGUUCUUUAAGAUCUGGGUCAGAUUUAGGCCAAGAUUUCAAAUCUGGGGAUUUUUGCUGGACGUUUAAACACUAGAAAUGGCACAGUGCCACUUUUUAUUUCUGAUAUUGAGUCACACAGAUCCUGUUUACACCUGUUUUAAUCAAUGUAUCCUUCCUGAGUAUCAGGAUUAGGCUGGAGAUAUACUUGCUGUUUGGUCAUGCGUUCACAUAGACGACUGGCUGUGGUGUGAACGUAACUGUUUACAUACUUGCCUCUGUUCUAUGUGGAGGCUGUGUUACUGGAGGCUUCCACUAGAGGGCAGCUCAGAUGUCUGAUGUAUGCUGAUGUUGAUCUCUCUCCAGCUGUUCUGAUGUAUAUAUUCUGAAUGCAUAUUUGUCACUAUGCAGCAGCAAGCAGCAAAACCACAUCAUACAGAUGCUCAUCAAAACUGUCCAUCAGUUUGAAGCUGCCGAGUGCUGCACUGCCCCCUGGCGCUUUUGCGUGUACUGCACUACGCGUACAUGUUGAGUGUUAAUUUCUGAAGGGCGUGCACAACCAUGCACCAAAUGGACACAGGAUACACCAAGCUUAACAGCAAGUAUAUCAGUAUAUCUUUACCUUUACCAUUCAUUCACACUGUGAACAGAGUGAUCAUUCAUUUCUAAUGAGAGGGCGUGAUUUGUUGCCGCGACAUAGCGUGAAGCAGCAGGCAGCAAAUAAACAGACAGAGUUGAUAUUUUCUCAACUUUAAGCAAAUUAAUUAAUUAUGAUGCGCUGAAGCGACAUUAUCACAGAUUGGCCGAAACAAGGGUCUGCAGCGUCUGCUCUGUGAACCUUUGAUUUCUGUGUAUUUCGUUCAUAUUCCCAACAGUGUGAAUGGUUCCAACAAGACAGAGAGGAUUAUAAACACUGUUUCUGCUUUAUAUGAUGCAGUUUUGCUUAAAUACAGGGGAAAUUUCGAGUAAAAUAUAGCUUGGAAGAAAGUAGUGCAUAUCUCAAUAGGUAGUUUGCUAGCAUGCUAACAGCUACAGCGCUAACAGCCUCAAGAAACAAGAGUGGGGCGACACAAGCAACUUGUCGCCUUCCAGUGUGAACGCAAGGUUAGGGUCAGGAACAAUUUCAACAACCAAAUCUCCUCUUAAUACAACUGAAAUACCAGGGCAAGGAUCAAAUUUGCAUAGUCCACCAUACAGUAUAAAUGCAUGUGACAAAAACCUCAUCAGGAUACAAUCCAAAUACUAUUCACACCAUGUGACCAGGUGUAAACAGGGUCAACUGAUACUGACAUCCGAUUUUAAAGAAUAGUAAAGAAAAGAUCAUAGAGCUUUUUCUGUUCAUAAAAAAAGCAGAUAGUGACCCGUGCUCUUGAAAAUAAAAGUGCUACAGUAGCUUCUUUAACUGAUGCCCCAGAUGAACCAUUUCUGCUUCCAUACAGAGCCCUGUUUGUGAAAGAGAUCUGUGGGAAGAAGUGUAUAUAAAUGUUCUUUACCUAUUUAAAGGAUCUUCACAUUCCCAUCCUUUACAAAAUUGGCUUGUCAUGGAACUGAAAUUAAUCUUCUAUGGUGUCACUCAAAGGACCAGUUGGAAUCAGCUUUAUUCAGGCUUGAAUGCAGAUUUUCAGCUGAAUGCACAGUUUCUUUUUAGCAUCUGGUUUCACGGAUUUUUCUUUCUCAUAUGAACAUGAAUAGGGUGCAAAAGUUUGAGUCAUUUUAGAGCAUUUCUAUUGGUCAAUUUCGGUCAUUUAUCUUGACCUUCUGCCACAAUAUAAAGAGCAUAAACAAUUACAGCAAAAAGAUACAAGGUCUUUGUGUGAUUAUCAGAUUUUUUUUUUUGAUAUCAUUCUGAAAACAAGAAAGCAGAUUUUUUGGAAUUUUUGUCCUAAAAUAUAUUUUAAGAACCAAUAAUUGAAAAUUGACGACACAAAUAUUACUAUAAUCAAUUAUUUAUAUUUAUUUAAAUAAAAACUCCCUUCCAGCUAAAGCUGAUCCAGCUCAGAUUCAGGCCAAAAACUUUUCCCUGACUUUUGGAGCUGAAACCCAGAAUGAACCACAAAACUCAACAGAGCAGAAAAAGUCCAGAAACUCAGAACAAACAAACACACAAGAGGUCAGCCACCCCCCGUCUGAUCCACCACACUCAUCCUCACACACAUCUCCACAUCAAACAAGCAAGAAAGAACAAGUUCUGCCCAUUCUUUUUAAGUGUGUGUGUGUGUGUGUGUGUGUAUCGUACAAAUCCCAAACGAUUUUGAUCAAAAAAAUAAACCCGCCCAUUUUUGAUCUGCUUGGUCAAAGGCAGACUCAUUUAAAGAGCUGGAGAAGUUCCUAAGCAGGAAAAAAGAUCUCCUCAUUAGCACGUUAGCGUUAGCAUAGUGCUAAUGGUCAUUAGGGGGGCCGGGUAGUUUAAAGUUUGUACUAAGUUCAGAUCAGAGGGUUUGGGUGUAGUGUUUGCUUUUUGAUUAAAAAGCCUGUAGAAAGAGAAAGUGUGUGUGUGUGUGUGUGUGUGGUUGGGUGUGUGUGUGGAUUUAAAGGCCUGGAGCAGAAACAUGCCCCCCGUAGGGAAGCCUAAUCACAGCGGGCUUUGUUCUGACCCAGACUGGGCUCGACCCUCUCAUCCACUCCACCACAAAGGGAAUGGUCAACCACUGCUUUCAUGUGUCGAGUGUGUGUAUGUGUGUUUGGAGUGUGUGUGUGUGUGUGUGUGUAUGUGUGUCCCAGAGGCUCUGAGACUAGCAGUGCCAGUGGAGAUGUAAGUUCCCUCCUACUGUGUGGACCCCUCAUAGCCACCUACAGGACCCCUGCAGUUACACACACACACACACACACACACACACACACUCAGUAACACAGCAGCAGUCCGACACUCCCAGGCCCAAAAACUACAAAACCUUCCAUUUGUAAGUCGAGCAGACCAGCUGAAGUUGACAGAAGUGCUGAGCGAUUCCUGAAGGAAUAAAAAAAUCAAUUGAACCUGAUAGAUCACCAUUCUCAGAUCCUCAGAUCAGCCAAGGCAUGUUCUAUUUGAUAUCUGACCCCAUGCUUCCUUAGUUUACAAUGAAACAUGCUAGGCUAAUAUUGCUAACAAACUCUGAAACUAUAAACUGAGAUUUCCCUCGCUCGGGUUUUAAAAAUACAUUCAUCCGCACAGAGACGAAAACACUUAAUGCCAAAAGAGAUCUCAACACACCACAAAGAAGGAAGAAUACACAGAGGUUAAAUCCCAAACCCUGAACUCCCUAAGUAGUGUACUAUCACAAGUCACAGGAUUAAUAAUUCUGGACCUAAACAGAGCAUUAUGACCCCUAUUUUAGUAAUCAGUAGGCGCGCAGCUUGAUUUAGGGCAUGUCAGUGUGUCUUUGCUAUCAUACAUCGAGAAAAUGUGCAAAAGGCAUGUACUUAUUCUCUUAAUUAAAUUAAUUAAGGUGCGCUCUGACUUUGGUGGAUUGCUAUUUUAACAGUGCAGCUACCUAGACAUUUCUACUCUCUUUUUUUUGUUGAUAUAAAAGUUGGGUUUGUGCACUGCUGCCUGUUGUUUGUGUGUGUGUAACAAGUGGGGGUGCACACGUAUUGAGUGUGUGUGGCGCACCUGCAGUGCCAAGAUAGCAGUGAACCUCUGACUGUUGACUAGGUUCUAGUCAGGCAGUGGUGCACCUAUGUUUUCUUUUGCCAAGAUAGCAAUACACCAGAAAUUUUCCUAAACACACUUUGUUUCGAGACCACCAUACCCAUCAGUGUACGACGCAGACGCAAGGUGUGUACAUAGACUGUUGGCGGUGUGUAAGAUAGCAAUGAACAUUACAACGCACCUUGAGUAGAGUUAAAGAUAGGGCCCUAUAUAUUUUCGGUGGGCUGUAUUUCUUGGCCGUCUGAGGGAUCCCUUGAAGGCAUAUGAGAAACCAAGAAAGUCUAGGGUGCUGAUGAGCUACCAAUACAUUGCCUAUUGAAUUGCCCAAAUGGACUGAAAGUAGCAUUGCAACUUCCAUUUUUUAAAGAGCAAUCAUCAAUCAGAAAUAAAUUUCUGAUUUCUGAAAUGUUGUCUGUUAAAUAAAAAAAACUUCAGAAUUGGUAUGAGGAAUUCAGUAGAUAAUUGAUGAUAAAUUAGUAAGUUGUUACUUUAAUGUCAGUUGAUGUAACAACAGAUAGUGCUUAAAGUGGGCCAGAACUGAAGUCCUUGUAGAAUAGAACUCUGUGGUUAUCUGCUUAUGAAACAAACUAUUCCUGAGGUAUCAUCAGAUUUGAUCAGUGCUUUAAAAUAUGUUUUUAAAACGUUAAUUUGAGUAUUUAAUAGUAUUUUAUAUCUACAUUCAUACAGAUCAGUGCUUGGUCUUGUGUGACUGGAGAUAUCUGCCCAGGAGUGCUGCAAAUAUAGCACCUAUUGAACUGUAGGAAUGGGACAAAAUAUUGAUAUUGUGAUGUACUGGUUUUGUACGCAAUACAUUAUCAAUAUGUGGCGUCAAAUAUGGAUAGUUGUGAGUGAAACAUAUAUUUUACCCUCUUCAGAAACACAGAUGCCAUGAAUUAUCAUAGAGAAUUGUUUUUAUAUUUUUUCCAUAUAUUAAGUAUCGCACAAUCACAAUAUCGGGAUAUCUUCAUUAUCAUGAGAUACCCUGUGAUUCCUACCCCUAUUAAACAGACUGUAAGGACUUUGGUUUCCCCCACUAGUGCCAUAAUAUCAUCAAUCCUCCUCUAGUCACAGUGUAGCCAACAAGCUGAUUGGCUGGAUUUUAAUGUAAACAGACGCCAUGUUGAGCAAUAGGAGAACUUUCAUUCAUACCAUUCAUUCAGUAUUUUAACCAGUGACUUGUAUUUCAAUUUAUAACAUACCAGUAGAACCAUUAGUACUACUUCCAGGUCUGUUUAUAAUCAUUAAUAGUGAAUCAUGUUCACAAUGUGAAAGGGCAGCUGGCUUUUUCAAAUGAUUAAAUGUUUAAAAACAUUGAGAUUUUAAAGUAAUGAUGUUUUUUUGAUUGAUUCAGAUUCCGGUAUGAAAGAUGGUUUAAUUAUUCUAAUUAUUCUGAAGUGUCUCAAAAAUAUGCAAAAACUUAGUUUCUUUGUGUUGCCGGCAAUUAUUAUUUUUUUUAUUUUUUGGUGAUUUUAGCAAACAACAACUCAAAAUCUCACCAAGACACGAUUCAAUCUGCUCCAUUAGAAACACACCCAGUCCGCCAUAUGCAGUUAUUAUACAAAUGAGUCAGAAAUAGGUUCAGCAGACACGCUCACCUGGGUUUCUUCACGAGGUUCUAAACAGUGUUCACAGGCACAGCUUGAAGCCCGUAUGGUUUUCAGAUUCAUGGGUUUCAGUGAGAAAAGCAAAAAAAAAAAGAAUUUUUGGUCAGAAGCAUCUCUGGGUUGGAGUCACUGAGCUCUGUUAGCAGUCAGCAGGUGCAGCAGGUGUAGCAGGCGGCUGGUAUUAUGUACAGUUAUUUGUAAAUCUAAAGAUCAGGAUGCUGUUUUCUCUCUCGAGGCCUAAAAACAGACAGAGAUCCUGAACGUUCUUAUUAAAGAACAAAAAAAAAAAAAGAGAAAGAAAAUCAUUAAUCUGCGAGCAAUAUGUUGUGUACAUAUGGAUUAAAAAAAAGAAGAAAAGAAAAAAACAUUUCAAAAUGUAUACCAAGGUGAAAAUUAUUAUUUAAUGUUUUAAUAAUUACACUGUGGUAUUCAAAGGGCAUGUGUUUGUUAACAGUGUCUCCAUGUUUCUUUUUGUUUGUUUGUUUUUAUUAUUUUUCUUUUUUUAUUUACUUGCAUAUUUGCUAUAAUAAAAAGAUUUACUGUUUA